AAUUAUUUGUGUGGUAAUACUGUAGUUGACUGUAAAUUAGGUAUAACAGUGCAGUUGUAUUAGAAACAAACAUUGUAUUUGUACUAUGGCAUGUUCUACAUCCGUGGCUUGGGCCUAUGAAGGAUAUAUGGAAUGUACACAAAUCCCAUUGUAUUCUAAUGAAAAUGACCAUUACACGUAGUACCAUUACUUGCAGCAUUUUAAUCCUCUCAUGGAAGGUGAAGAAGAAAAUCUAGUUCAAUGGACACUGUCACAAAUAAGUGACAAGGCCAAUGCUAAAAUUAGUAUAAAGGAAUGUGAAGAUUCUGUGGUCAUGGUGAUUAAUUCAAAACUGGCUGGUGUACCAUUUACUAUCCAGUUCUGUCUCAAGGUGAUGACUUCACAUGAUUUAUACAAAGAAAUUACUUUGCCAUUAUUGCUUAUGGUACAGCAACUUCAAGCUCAAAAACGUUCAUUAUUUGACUUGGUGAAGAAGAAAGACAUUGAAAUAACACAAUAUAAAUUAGAAGGAGCUCAGUUGUCUCGCGGAAGUAUUGAGACGGCUGCAUUUGUUGAGGACCAGUUUGAACAGUCACGUACAGCAAUUCAAAUACCUGGUGGAUUUCCUGCACAGCCAGUGUCACUGUUCACACAAGAAAUUCAAAACCUUUACGUUGAUGUGAUUAAGAACUAUGAAAAUAGUAAAGAAUUGAAAGAAGCUGCUCAGCAAAAUGCAGACACUGAAGGCAGCGGAACGCAACGCACGUUCAGUAAUUCAUCUCCUGAGAAAAAGCGAAAUCAUAAUCUUAAGCCAGAAGAAAAUGAUAGAGAUCAUAGACAUGAGAAGAAAGAAGAAGACAAAUUAUUAAUCAAACACAGAAAGGAAGCAGUGAAGAAGAAAAGACUUAAUCUGUGAUUAACUUUCUUUUUGUGCUGUGCCUUGCAGCUGGCUAGUGGCUUUUUUGAAUGACUUUGUUAAUAAAUAUGAUUUAUAGCUUCCAGUCAUGCAAGAUUUUGAUCUGAAGCGAAGUGAUUGAAAUUAAUUUCUAAUACCUGUUAAGUAUGGAAUGUCAAGUGUUAGUUUAAUUUAUCAAUAUAAUGUUUAAACAAACAUGUAUUAUCUAUGCAUAAAUCUGUUAAAAAUUUUACAUUUACACUUGCUUAGCAACUGUAACAUUUUAAAUUAUCAUAUGAUCUCAUGUAUUUGUGUCAUUAAUGAAACAAAUUUAUGCGACUGAUUUUA